GGGGUUUUUGCAGGGAAUUGUUUUUCUUUCGUGCUCAGUUUUAAACGAAACGAUGUGGAGAGAAGUACUCCUUUUUUAUUUCUUUGUUAAAACCGCUAGCGGGGUUUUAAUUGAAAAAUCGGAUUAUUUCCAAAUAUAUUGGAACAUCCCUUCGUUUCAAUGCAGACCUUUCAAAAUCCCCUUCACGGAUUUAACAAAAAAAUACGGAAUCAUCCAAAAUGAAAACGACGAUUUCCGAGGCGACAAAAUCUCCAUCUUAUAUGACCCAGGCAAUUUCCCAGCGAUUUUAGAAAACUCCGAAACGGACAAAAUCUUUUUACGAAAUGGGGGCGUCCCACAACAAGGAAACUUAUCUUUACACCUAGAAAUUUUUAAGGAAUCCUUACAAGAACUUAUUAUUAACAACAAUUUUAGCGGAAUCGCAAUAAUAGACUUUGAAAGUUGGCGCCCAAUUUUUCGUCAAAAUUUCGGCACGUUAACCCCAUACAAAGAAAUUUCAUACAAAAUCGAAGAAACCCUCCAUCCAACUUGGACCCAACCGAAAAUAAAAUUGGAGGCGCAAAAACGAUUUGAAUUAACCGGAAGAGAUUUUGUUGAAGAAACUUUGUUAAUCGCUAAAGAAAUGAGACCUAAAGCUUAUUGGGGUUACUAUGCUUAUCCUUAUUGUUUCAAUAUGUCCCCAGGAAAUAACAACACUAAAUGCUCCCAAGAAGUUAUGGACGAAAAUGACCGCUUAAAUUGGUUAUUUUCAUCAUCGACAGCGUAUUUCCCAUCGAUUUAUUUAUCCGAAAAGCAACAAAGCUUAUCUGAUAAUCUCAAAUUAAUCGAAGGACGUAUACAAGAAGCUAUAAGAAUACUAAAUAAUCAAAAUAAAAUGUUGAUUAAACCGAAAAUUUUACCCUACGUUUGGUUAAAAUACAGAGACACACAAAGAUAUAUGCCUUUAGAUGAUUUAAAUAGCGUAAUAAAGCUAUUAAAGGCUCUAAAAGUUGACGGAUUUAUUAUUUGGGGUAGUAGCAACGAUGUUAGUUCACGAAUUAAAUGUAACUUGCUGUAUCAUUAUGUUAACGACGUUUUGGGACCGAUUAUUUCACCAAAUUAGCAAUUAUAAACUUAAUUUAAAAUAAUAGUUAAUAUAUUAAAACAUAUUUAUUAAUCACAUUCAUCACAUGCGAUUCUUUGAGGCAUAAAAAAAUCUUCUUGUGUUGACACAUCUACAUCAUACCAGUUUAUAUUAUAAACAGCUUCUUUGUUCUUAUCAUAAAAAGAAAAGUUUGUAUUAUAUUAAAUAAAUGUUGAUUAAAUUAGA